CGAGAUUCGACGAUUUGUUUGGCAGUACCCGGACGGGCAAUUGUCAGACAAUAAUGUGGAUCGCCCUGCAGUAUCUGUGCGUUCUGGGGCUGGUGAUGGCCACCGGUAAAGAGUUUGACACGGCCAGCUUCCAUCUGUACACCCCCGAGAGUUCCGACCAACCCCACAGGCUGUACACAAACGAUUCGGAAUCGGUUCUUGCCUCAAACUUUGAUGCGAACCUUACAACAAAGGUCAUCGUUCAUGGCUGGAGCGUUACGUAUGUGGAGGAGCCAGUCAGCCAGCUGCGCACCGCCUACCAGGCCCGCGGGCAGUUCAAUGAAGUACUUGGAGGCCAUUCCGCUGGUGCCGGGCGUGGGCAAGGAUGUGGCACAUUUCCUCAACUUUCUGGCCGACAAAUUCAGCCUGGAUCUGUCGCAAGUGGUGAUGGUGGCCCACAGCAUGGGCGCCCAUGUGGCCGGCUUCUGUGGCCAGCGUGUUUCACGCUACACGCCCCAGUUGCUGCUCCUGGGUGGCACCUGCGAUGGCAUUGCCCCGGAGAGCGUAGCGCUGGGUGAUCCGCCAGAGAUUGGCUGCACAGAGGGCAUGUAUAGCUUCAAAACCCAAGCGGAGAGUCCAUACGGCCAGCCGUUCUAAUUAAAGUUCAAUAAAAG